AUGUUGUUGGGGAAAGAAGGCAAAGCAAGCAAAAAAAAGUCGUUUCUUUUUGUAAGAUCGAUCAACAAACCCCCAUCUUCGGAUUCUGGAAACCCUAAGCCACCCGGAUCCGUUCGAGUCUUUAAAAUCAUCUGGAUCAAAUGUCGCGUUUUCCGCGUGGAUUCGUGGAGAAUUCAUCAUCAAAGGAAGAAGCCAAAAGCGCUCGUCGUCCAAGUAUUNCCUGAUGGUCAUUCUGAGGAACUUAUCGGCUUUGUUACUGCCAAAAUCGUCCUUGCCAAAGAAAGCGAAAUAUCAGAUCUAAUAAGAUAUGACUCGACCAAGGGAGAGGAGACAUUGGUGUACAUUCUAACACUUGGAGUUGUAGAAACAUACAGAAAACGCGGAAUAGCUAAGUUGCUUAUUAAUGAGGUUGUUAAAUACGCUUCUAGUAUCCCUGUGUGUCGUGGUGUUUACCUUCAUGUGAUUGCACACAACAAUCCUGCAAUUCGACUGUACAAAAGAAUGUCUUUCAGAUGUGUAAGGUGGUUACACGGAUUCUACUUGAUCAACGGCCAGCAUUUCGAUUCUUACCUGUUCGUCUACUUUAUCAACGAUGGGGUUAUCGUUGAAUCAUGGCUGCAUUGCAGAGAUCUUGCGGUGUUGGCUCUGAAUUACAUGAGGAGUGGAAUCAAAUCAGUUGCAUCAAAGCUGACGAUAAACCAUGAAGAGAAAGGCUCGAAAUGGCUUAAAUCCAAAGACAACACGCGGUGUCUCUUACCCACUCAGACCAAACGAAACCUUGCAUCCGAAAGAGUAUCAUCCGGGUACGAUUAUGUUUAGUGUCUGUCUCCCAAUUCAUAGACUUUUUAAAAUCAUUCAUUUUCUAUGUCAUCCAUCCAUUAAGCUCUGGUUAUGAUCCUAAUGUCUGUGUGUGUGCUGUGUAGAAAUAAUUAUGUAAUAAAUUAAAAAUGUAAAUAUUGUGAUAGUUGAAGACACUUCUCUUUGGGACGGACUUACCACUGUAAAUUAGUUAGCUUGUUGAAAAAUAGCUUUGUACUCA